GGGGCUCCAGGCGCCUGGGCUCCACCGCGCCUCCCACCCGUCUCACGGACUCUUCGCUAGUCGCCUCGGAACUGCGGCCUCACCUCGGCUCGAAAUGGACCCCAACUGCUCCUGCGCCACUGGUGGCUCCUGCAGCUGUGCUGGCUCCUGCAAAUGCAAAGAGUGCAAAUGCACGUCCUGCAAGAAGAGCUGCUGCUCCUGCUGCCCUGUGGGUUGUGCCAAGUGUGCCCAGGGCUGCAUCUGCAAAGGGGCAUCAGAGAAGUGCAGCUGCUGUGCCUGAUUUCAAAAUAGCCCUGCUCCCAGAUGUAAAUAGAUGCCUGUACAAACCUGGAUUUUUUUUUAUACAACCCUGACCUGUUUUCUGCUUUCCUUUCCCCAAGAAACAUGUGAAUGAUAAUAAAAUACUUUUGACUUGA